CAUACUACCCCGCUAGCAAGAUCAUAGUAUAAAGGGUGGCAUAUUUCUGAGCCUUUGUCUCAUAACUUGGUUCUCUGAUCUCUCCAUUCACUCAUCGACAUUCACGACACAAAUCCAACAACCUCCAUGGCUUCUACUGCAACUUGCACCGUCACUUGUUCUGACUCCCAGCCCACAGAGUUCAUUUUACCUGACUUCUUCAGCGAUUGCCGCUACCCCAUGCGACUAAACCCUCACUGUGAUCCGGUAUCUCGCGCUACUGACCAAUGGCUUUGUAGCGAAGCCCGUCUAGUAGAGCCUGAUGUUACUAAAUAUACUACGAUAUUGCGCCCAGGUUACUUCGCUUCAUCUUGUUACCCUGAUGCGGAUGCUUUCCAUAUCAAAGUCUGCGCGGACUUCCAUGGCUGGUCAUGGAAAUUGGAUGACUGGCUCGAGAUCGAAAGGUCCGACGUCAAUGAUGCAUGGGGAGUACGCGACUGCUGUAUGUCUGCGUUCCGUGAUCCCGUCAACUUCCAGACGGAAAGAUAUAGUGCAAAGUUGUGCAAAUCAUUCUUCAGUCGCUUUAAGGAGACUGCCGGCCCUGGCUGCACAGAGCGCUUUAUCCAUACAAUGGACUUGUGGUUUAUCGCUGCGGCCAAGGAGGUGGAGAACCGCACCAAGGGACAUAUCAAUGGUGUUGAAUCUUACAUCGAAUUGAGGCGCGACUUGAGCAGCUGCAAGGCUUGCUUUGCCGUUGUCGAAUUCGUCUGUCAGAUUGAUCUUCCCGAAGAAGUAGUCUCGCAUCCAGUCAUCAUGGCGCUGGAGGAGGCCACCAAUGACUUCGUUUCUUGGUCAAAUGAUAUUUAUUCCUAUAACAUGGAGCAAUCUUACCAUAGCACACAUAAUUUAGUUGCUGUGCUCAUGGUCAAACAAGGUCUCGACCUGCAAGGCGCUGUUGACCACUGCGCUCAGCUAUGCAAUAUCUCCCUACAACGGUUCGAAGAAAAUCGUGCUGUCCUCCCCUCGUGGGGAAAAGAAGUCGACAAGGAUGUGGCUAAGUACGUCGAAGGACUGCAGAACUGGAUUGUCGGUCCGCUACAGUGGUCCUUCGAGUGCGCCCGCUAUUUCGGGAAGGAUGCGCAUAUCGUCAAGCAGAACAGAAUUGUCAAGCUGCUUCCGAAGCGACCAUUGUGAAAUCUACAGCUAUUGCUGUAUGUAAGACCGUUUCACUUUUUGCCUGCGAUGCACGGUUCUCAUUGCGAUGACUACUACCAUUAUAGAAAGUUACUUGUCUAUGUCUUGCUUUGUGUGAAGCUGCUUUUUUCCCGCGGAACGCGCAUCAUGCUUCUCCUUUUUUCCUACUCGAAACGUUUUUGAUUUCUGCUGUUGUGUAUAUAAUAGUACUAGUCUGCCUAGUCAAACCAGAAUGGAAGGAAGAGUCUUGCUUUCUAGAUAGAAUUGUACACUCACGAGUAUGUACAUAUGUACCAAUUUUGUACAAGUCAUGGAAACAGUAUAGUACCGUCACUCAUUUUAGGUGAAUGUAGUAGUCUAGGCUGAACAAUUUUUGUGAUGAUGC